GCCAGAGGCUGCAGAGAAGACAGACAGACAGACAGACAGAGAGGGACGCUCGCCAUCCCUGCAGGACACCAGUGGACCUAAAUCUGCCCCCAGGCUGCUCAGAACUUCUCACAACCAGAAUGGGACUGCUGAGUGUGGAGGAGCUGGUGACUGGAAAGAGGUCAGAGGGCAGAGAGGCCAGCGACUUCCAGGGGGGCGCGUACGAGGCGGCCGUCAACCAGGAGAAGCAGGAUGAGCGGGGGUCGCUGGCAGGAGGAGGUGGGCCGCAGGAGGAGCGGGAGGAGGUCAGCGUGGCGGCUCUGAAUACGGAUAGAAGCGGGAGGCUGAAGCUGGAGACGGUGGAUGAUCUGUUCAACAUCCUGCAGCUGAGGAAGAGGAGGAAGGAGAGGAAGUCUUCUGUCUGCAAGAAAACUGAACCGGAACCAGAACCGGUGCCAGAGACGGUGGACGAGCAGCUCUUUCUGACGGCAGUCAUGGAGAACAAGCUUCCUGUGGUGGAGAAAUACCUGAGCGAUGGAGGAAACCCCAACGCAGCAGAUCAUUUUCAGAGAACGGCUCUGCAUAAAGCUUCCUUCAAAGGACAUGUGGAGGUGAUGAGAAGACUUCUGGAGGCCGGAGCUGCCAUCCAGCAGAAAGACAAGGUCCUACACUGCAAAAAAUCUAAAUCUAUACAAAACAUACUUGGCGAGGACGCGAGUCCGUAA